GUACUUCGUAUUAACGGAGUUCAAAUUUCAAACUGUAUAGAUAUUUUUAAGAGAAUAAUUAAUCGAUAUUUAUAGUUUUUCAAGGUCGAUAAUAAAAUUGUACAAUUUAUAAUGGUUUCGUAAAUCUGUAUUAUAAAAGAACCGUUAUAAAUACUUUCGCAUUUAGUUGAAUUUGUUCACAUUAGAGGGCAACACCGUUUAUAAACGUAAUAAUAAAGCUUUCUUGUGUAUUGUUAUUUAAUGGAUUGAAACUGUCCAUAACAGUAAACAGAAUUUAAAAAUUGAAUUAGUCUUGAUUAUAUGAGAAAGUGAAGAAAGUCUAGUAGAUUAAUUUAAGUUAUUAUUUAUAAUAUAGUGAAUACAAUCGUUUUGUUUUUUUUUUUUUUUUGCUUUCUUUUCCCUCAAUAUUUUACGAAUUAGGAAGCAUGCCACGUACGAAACAAACACGUAAAUCCAAACAAAAUCGAGAAUCUUUAGAAGAAUCAGAUUUGUUUCUAAAAGAUUUUCAGAAGAAACUGCAAUUGAGAAUUAAUAAAUUAGAUAAUGAAGCUAAAUUUAGUAUCAAGAGUUAUGAAACUUAUCACAAUGUUAAAUUAGCUGGUAUACCAGCAGAAUUGAAGCAAAUGACUUUAGGUGAAAUUAUAGCGUGGAAAGAAAAUGAAAAAGAAAAUUGUAACGAAGUAACAUCCUCUGUGAAUGAUCAAUCAUUACUUUACGUCAUACCAUCAACUGUGAAAGCAAAGAAAACUUCUAAACGUGGUACAGCUACAUCAGACGAUGGUUAUGUAACAGAAGGUACAACAACGGGAGCAUCUACAUCACGGAUAUCUCGUGCAUCAAGAGCUAAAAAAUUAACUUCCGAAGCCAAACCAAGAAGAGUAACUCGUAGUAGUUCAAAAAAUCGUCAAUCAGCUUUAAUUGAUAUAACGCAUAAGGCAUUAACGAAAAACAAUGAUAAAGGAUAUGCAUAUAUCGAAUCUCAACUAAAAUCAGAUAAAUUUAAAACACCAGCACCUUCCAAGACUGCUAAGAAUGAGUAUAACCUUAUUACUCCUAAAGUUAAACCAAAUACUCCUAUGAAUGUACUCAGACGACCGCGUGAAGGAGAAAUGGUAUUAAGUAUGCAAGGCAGUCCAUUAUUAGUUUCUGCUAUCGUUCCAGAUAAAACUGCAAAUAUUAAUGUACCUUUGAGCAAUGGAAACAUUAUGUCCUUGUUACCCAAUGAUGGAUUACGCAUGUCUCAUAUACCAGCUUUAGAUCCAGAAACUAUGCGUCAAUUAGAAACACUUAAGGAUCAUAUCGAGAAAGUUAUUUCAUUGAAAUAACUUCAUAGAUUAUACAAAGCGAUUGCAUUUAGCAUUACACAAAUGCGAUGUAUAGUAAUUGUAUUUUACAGUUAUUGUAUUAACAAACAUCCUAAUUUACAUGGAUGGUAUAAAUUAAUAAAGGAGAAUAUUUUUUUAUUACAUACACACAACACAAUAUUAUUGUAG